AUUAUUGUUGUGUUAUUGGACGAAACUUGCAACCUGCAACUUGCAAGUUCGUUCAGGUUGCAACUCUCUCUCUCUCUCUCUCUCUCUCUCUCUCGCGCCUUAAUCUAUAUCUAGAUUCCGGAAUCAUGAUCAUGAAGUACAAAACCAACAACAAUAACAACCUCAAUUUUUGCGUUGCUUUGCUUUUUGUUCUCAUAUUCCAUUAGUGUUUAAGUGUCUCAAUUCCAUUUUGCUUUCCCUUCUUUCACUUUCCAACCGACACUAAUGGACAAGUUGUUCGUCGCUUUUCUCUUCUCCGUCGUGCUUCUGUCGUCGGCGGUUGGGUCUCCUGUGACUCUGACGCUGGAAAGAGCGUUCCCUUCUAAUCAUGGCGUGGAGUUGAGUCAGCUCAGAGCGAGGGACAUCCUCAGACAUCAUAGAAUGUUGCAGUCUACUAACUAUGUUGUAGAUUUCCCUGUUAAAGGAACCUUCGAUCCCACACAAGUCGGGCUUUACUUUACAAAGGUGAAAUUGGGUACUCCUCCAAGGGAAUUUUAUGUGCAGAUUGACACUGGCAGUGAUGUUCUCUGGGUUAGUUGUGGAUCCUGCAGUGGUUGUCCCCAGACAAGUGGCCUCCCAAUUCAACUCAAUUACUUUGACCCUGGGAGUUCAUCAACAUCUUCAUUGAUCUCUUGUUCGGAUCGAAGGUGCAGGAAUGGAGUACAGUCAUCAGAUGCCAGUUGUUCCAGUCAGAGCAACCAGUGCACUUACACAUUUCAGUAUGGAGAUGGUAGUGGAACAUCAGGUUAUUAUGUGUCAGACUUGAUGCAUUUUGCCAGUAUUUUUGAGGGUUCCUUGAUGACCAAUUCGUCGGCAUCUGUAGUUUUUGGCUGUAGCAACCUGCAGAGUGGGGACUUGACAAAGUCUGAUAGAGCAGUUGAUGGGAUAUUUGGAUUUGGGCAACAAGGCAUGUCUGUCAUCUCCCAACUCUCAUCGCAAGGAAUUGCUCCAAGAGUGUUCUCUCAUUGCCUGAAAGGAGAUAAUAGUGGUGGGGGCAUAUUGGUUCUUGGCGAGAUUGUGGAACCGGACAUAAUUUUUAGUCCACUUGUUCCAUCACAGCCCCAUUACAACUUAAAUCUGCAGAGCAUCUCUGUCAAUGGCCAAAUUUUGCAAAUUGAUCCUGCAGUUUUUUCUACAUCAAAUAACAGAGGUACCAUUAUUGAUUCUGGAACAACUUUGGCAUACCUUGCAGAAGAAGCCUACAACCCCUUUGUCAAUGCGAUUACAGUGGCUAUUCCACAAUCUGUACGCACUGUUCUUUCUAGGGGAAAUCAGUGCUACUUAAUAACCAGCUCCAGCAAUGUCGACAUUUUUCCACAAGUCAGUCUGAACUUUGCUGGAGGUUCAUCUCUGGUUUUAAGGCCACAGGACUACCUUAUACAGCAGAAUUAUAUUGGUGAGGGAUCAGUGUGGUGUAUUGGCUUUCAGAAAAUCCCGGGUCAAGGUGUAACAAUUCUAGGAGACCUUGUAUUAAAAGACAAAAUUUUUGUCUAUGAUCUUGCUGGUCAACGCAUUGGAUGGGCUAACUAUGACUGUUCAUUGCCAGUUAAUGUCUCUGCAUCAACUGGUAGGGGCAGAAGUGAGUUUGUGGAUGCUGGAGAGCUAAAUGGAAGCACUUCUUUACGUUAUGCAACUCACAAUUUGCUAAAGACAGUGCUCCUUACUCUCUUAAUAACACUAAUAUGUUGCUAUGUAUUUUUGUAGCAUGUGGAAUUGGAAUUGAUAUUCUUUCUUCACUAUGUAUAUUCUCUUGCCGGUGUAUAAUUGUGGCAAUUGGCAAGAUCACACAUGUUAUUACUUGGAUUGUCGCUUGUGCCUUUUUUAUGCACGAUAGGUUUGAAUGCUUUAGCUUCAGGUGCUUAAGUAAGUCACUUUUUUUUUAUCACCUAUGUUUCUUACUUUUUAAUUUUUUGAUAGCAUUGUAAAUUCACAUGAUUAUUUAUUGAUUGAAUCGCUGAUACAACUUAUACCUCAUUUGGGGUUUUUG